AUGGCUUCAGGACAACAUAUGAGAGCUACUGGGAAUUAUGUGCAAAUUCCAAUUGAAUUUCAUUGGAAUCAGAUCACAAUUGGAUACUUUGCAACUUUAUCAAACGGAGUCUACCAAGUUUAUGAACUAUCUUAUAAUCCUACUAAAAGCCAAAAAUUAGAUCUCAGUACAUAUGAAGAACAUUACGAAAAUCACAACAAAGGAUUCUCUACAUUAAGACCUUAUGUAAACUGCAGUAUCAUUGUUCAAUCAUUGGAAGAAAUAAAACAACAAGGUUUAAGUACCUGUAGUGAUUUAGUUUAUAAUCCACGACUGACUCAACAAUUUCGAGCAUCAGAAAAAGAUAAUUAUGUCGUUGAUUAA